UUCUUGUGUUUGGUUAUUUCUUUGCUUUCGUCUACUUCUCUUCCCUUCCCUUUGUUUGUUUAUUGAUGGACUCUUACGACACGGCGAAUCUUCUUUUUUCCCCCAUUAAUUUAGAACCGUUGGCAGUGCGGUUUUAGUUAGCAACUCUGUUAACAGAUGAGAGGGUCGGAAAUACAAACAAACAGAACUAUUUAUAACAACAGGAUAUCACUUGCGAAUGCCGGGAAUUUUAAUAUUUUCUUACUUUGGUCAGUUGUUUUCGUGUGGCACAUUAAAGAAACAUUUGUAAAGUUGAGAUAUAUCCUGGACUUAUUGGAAACUGAAAACACAAUUAAAUACAAAAAGAAAGGUCUCUCUAGUUAAUAUAAGCGCUACAAGAACUGCCCAAAAUUGUAAAAAAAUCGAUGUGAGCAUAAGUAAUUUGUGUGUUACAUGUUGAAAUUUUUUGGCACUGUCUUUUAACAAUUGUGCAUCUGUCUAUCAGAUUGAAAAUAUUCAUUUGAAUAAUCUUACAACUGCCAUCAAAACUUGCAAAGCAGUAUGCGUAAAAUACUUUUAUCUAAAAUAGCUGUGGAACAUGACGCCGCUUCUGAGGAGUUGAUGGACACAACUGAAGACCAAUUUAAAUAUUUUCGUUGGAAUGGUAAACAAUGGAGGACCAUUUUCCCCUUCCCCACACUGAUACUCACAGAGAAUUAUUCAUUGGAAAAAGAAUGGAACCAUUUUGUUUUUGUUGAAGUUUCUGCUGAUAAUUUUUUGUCGAUUUCCUAUAAACCAAGUGAAAUGCCGCCCAACAAAGUACGGAUGACACUGGAGUUUUUAUUUGCAAGUAUUUUCACAAAUUACCCGAAACCAAUAGGAUAUGAAAGUUCUCUUGCGUUUUUUGAGGAAGAUGAAGAUGCAGCUGAUAAUGAGCGUAAUUUAAUGCAAGAAUAUGCCACCACUGCACUUUAUGAUGCAUUGUAUCAGAAACAUCUUACCUUACGGCCAUUAAGUGAGCCCACACUGCCAACGUUGCCCGAAUGUUUCCGUCCAACUUUGUGUGACUACCAGGUUCGUACGGUGCAAUGGCUAUUGAAGAGGGAACAAGAGGUUUCAUGUUUUCCUAAUUACUAUAUGCACCUGAAGGCAAAAGAUGGUAAAACAAGUUUGUAUAAGCAUUUAUUAAGUUGGCACGUUCAAGAAUCUGAACCACCACCCAUUGAGUUGUCACCUGGUGGCAUACUCGCUGAUGAAAUGGGUUUAGGUAAAACCGUAGAAAUGCUGGCACUAAUUGUACUGAAUCCGCGCAAAUUGCAACUACCCGAAUAUUCAGCACUAAACUUUAUAAAUUAUGAACCAAUAGUUAAACGUAGACGUCGCUCAGAUAACCUAUUUUGUAUUUGUACACGAAAAUCCAAAUUAAAAGUGCGACAGUGCAUAAGUUGUUCAUUACUACAGCACGAGAACUGUGUAAGUCGCUUUGAUGAGAACGAUUUUGACGAUAAGGAAUACAUAUGUCCUAGCUGCUGGUACGUCGCUACACAAACUGCUCUAUUGCCAGCUGCCACCACAUUCAUUGUGGCACCAAGCACCAUUAAAACGCAGUGGCUAUCGGAGAUAAAAAGACAUAUCAGGCCGACGCUUCGGGUUUUCGAUUACAAUGAAUUGGCGGCAGCGAAUUGGGUUAGUCCUCGUCAAUUGGCGACCUACGAUGUGGUUCUUACCGAUUACACUGUACUGCGUCGGGAGAUUUAUCAUACCAGCGCCUAUGUGUCUGAGCGCGUGACACGAAAUGAACAGCGUUCGAUGAGGCGUAUUUCGCCAUUGCUAAUGGUGCAGUGGUGGCGCGUAUGUCUCGAUGAAGCGCAAAUGGUCGAAUCGAAUACAUCAAAAGUGGCAGCUUUGGUGCGACAACUACCGGCUGUGAAUCGAUGGGCCGUCACUGGAACGCCCAUACAACGUAGUAUUAAUGAUUUGCGCGGCUUACUGGAAUUCAUCGGUUUCAAAGAGCCGCUGGCAACUGAAAUCGGUUGGAAAGCUUUGAUAGAUGAAUUUGUGUUGCAACAAAAUGCCGCAGUUGACUGCGAACAUAAGCAGCUGACACUUGUUGAUGUGCUACAACGUUGCAUGUGGCGCACAUGCAAGUCCAAAGUAUCCGCCGAACUACAAAUACCGCCGCAAACAGAAGAAGUGCAUCGCAUAACUUUGAGUAAUUUAGAGAAAUUGUUCUAUACUGAACAACAUGCGUUAUGCGAGAGCAGCUUCCAGCAUGUGCUGCAAAAACAUUUGGGACGCGCUGAGGUGGUACUAAAAAUAUCACCAAAAAUAAUGGACAUGCUUUUACAGCCGCUGUUGAAGAUACGCCAAUGCUGUAUAAUACCGGUUGUAAAUACUAGCAGUGGCCAUAAGAAAAACUCGGCAAACGUGCUGCAGAAACAAUUCCUUCAACCUAAGGACUUACAUGCGCACCUAAAAUCCACUAACGAAAUUGAAUGUAAAAGCGAAUUGCGCACAAUGGCUUCCUCGUACAAUGGUAUGGCAGCCAUCUACUUUAUACAAGGCAACUACGAACAGGCGAUUAAAAAUUAUGAAAUGGUUCUUCGUUUAUCGCGCGACUACAAAGAUAUAAAUAUAACUGUCGACAGUUUACUCCAAAUCCACGCGCUACACAACAUCCAACAGGCUUUCUACACUUCACCCUCCAAUCCAAAUCAAAUGUCUGCCGACGUUAUUGCUAAAUACGAGGAGGAAUGCAGUGCUUUGGAAUGGAAAUAUCUUGAGCCGUAUGCUGCCAGGAUGAACGCCAUAGCAAAUUCUUGCUUAAGCGCACAAGAAACUCUCACAACACUAGAAUCAACCGUUGAAGCGCCACUUCUAGACUUCAUCAACAUGCUAACCAAUAAAGUUCUGAUGGAAAAUGAAAAACUAUCAAUUGCAUUAUUGAAUCGUUUUCAUGAUGAUCUCGUCACUGCUCUCCGAGGCAAUCCAAAAAUGGAGGAAUUGGAGAGUUUAUCGGGCAUGUUGUAUAUAUUGGUUAUAUGGUAUCAGAAAGUGUUGGCAGCACAAAAGCAUCUGAAUGAGGAGUUUACAAAUUUGCAGUUUUACACAAUGCACGUUUGUGCGCGCGCCAAAAAAACGCCCGCGAUUUGGCGUGAGAUGACUCAAUUUAUAAGCAGUGUGUCUGAGUGUCACCUCAGUGAGAUACUUGAUGACAAGAAAGAGCAAGAGAAAGAAAAGUCCAGUAGAAAGUCGAAGAAUUUAAAAAAGGUUUUGUGUAAACUGUGUCAAAUACGGAAUGCACUCAAUGACUACGAGUGUCUGCUAUUCAACAAGGUAGUCGAUGAAAGUAAUAAUAUGACCGAAGGUUUGGAGAAUCCCUCCUUUGAAGUUGCGCUGAUCAAAGUGUUAUUUACAUUCCUACGCACCAAAGCUGGUUUUCAAAGCCACACCCCUCAAAUAGAAAAGCAUUGGGAAGCUAUAGAAUGUCGCCAGCAGCUUUGUAAGAAACUUAUCAAGUGCUGGAUAGAAAUUGAGUAUACCGUCAAGGCCUACGACGAAUUGGAUAUGUGUAAAAUGCGAAUUUCUUUGGCGGCAAAUGAAAAGGAAAAGACACAUUUCAAGCUGCUGGAUUACGAGCUGGAUGCCACUUUUACGGAACAGCAGAUGAAUUUGCUGAAUGCUCAGCAUGAAUUUGCCAUGAAACUUGCGCGUCUAAAGUAUAUAAAGCAUUUGGAAGCGGACGCUGCGACUGGGCCGUGCCCAAUAUGUCAGUCUGAAGACGAAAAUCUCCUUGCCGUACUGGAGUGUGGACACAGUAUAUGCCUCAUCUGCUUACGAACCAUACGGCAAUACAACAGCCAUCAAAAGAUAUGCUGUCCAAUAUGUCGGAAUCAACAAAAUUCAGAAAAAAUUUAUUACGUUACACGCAAUGCCACAUCGCUGGCUGAGAAUCCCAUACAAGUCGUGGGUGACUUUUCAUCUAAAAUAACAUGCAUCGUACGUUUAAUCUUGCAGCUGCAACAUAAGCAUGUUAAAGACGUGCAACCGCUGAAGAUUUUAGUAUUUUCUCAAUGGACUGAAAUUUUACACCCUAUUGCCACGGCUUUAGCGCAGAACGGCAUACGUCACCGGUUUAACUUGACCCCGCAGACUAUCGAAGACUUUAAGAAUCCCCAAUUGGGUGUUACUUGUUUGCUGAUGCCCUUGCGUAGAGGCUGCAAUGGUUUAAACCUAAUAGAGGCUACUCAUGUUCUUCUUGUUGAACCAAUUCUUAAUCCUGGUGAAGAAGCGCAGGCAAUUGGACGCGUGCACCGUUUCGGACAAACAAAACCCACUACCGUUCAUCGUUUCAUCGUUUGCAAUACAAUUGAGGAAAAUAUAUUCAAUGUCGUAAAUGCUGGUAAACAAUCGCAAUCUAACUGGGAAUUCAAAAAAAUGUCAGUUGAAAGUUUGCGUAAUUUAUUUCUAUUAAAAAAUGAUGUUAGCGAAGAGUAUACAACCAACACUGAUGAGCGGAUGUGACAGAAAUGUGUAACAAUCUUACAAUAGUCGAUCGUAUCCGACUCGCAUUUGGGUAUGAAAAUUACCUGAGACGUUAUAUCGUUUGUAUCGUUUGUACAGCGCUUUUUACGUUCAUAUCCCGUUUUAAAUUUCUUAAACCCUGCGAAAUACGAAUUUGCCGGUCAAAAUAAUAUGUGAUUUCAUUAUAAGGUCAUUUAUAUAUGUACAUUGACAACUACAUAAUGCGGUAUAUUAUUAACACGAGUUUCAGAGUGUAAAACUGCCAAGAACAAGAUUUUCAUUAAAUCCAUAACACUUUUGGGUGAAUGAAAAAAUCGAACCGCACACCCUUACAGUAUUUAUGUAUAUGCAUAGACAAUGCAUUAUUUUUGCUAACAAUAAAGGAAAUUAUUACUUCCAUCUCUA